AUGAUUUUUGUCCCGUUAGGAUAUAAAAAUCCCAAACUUCAAAAUUUAAAGGAAGUUCAUAAAAGAAGCGCUUAUGAAAGUGGAACUUUUGUUGGAGCUGACAAUCGUCAAUCCACUCCAUCCGAAUUGAAUAGUGCAGAAAGUCAAGGUAUCGAUUUGCAAAUGCUAUUAAAAAGAUGUCUAAAACUUACAGCUCGUUCAAAAUUGUCAUUAAAACUGAUACCAAAAUUGCCGUUGUGCGAGAGGUUAUCCGAAAGAAAUUGUGUUGAAUUAAUUAAUUUAUUAAUUAAUCAAGGACUUAUCAAUGUUCUAUUCACGACAGAUGGAAAAGAUAUUAUUACUGAACAACGACUUGUACGUGAAAUACUUGAUGAAAUUUAUGUAAAUGGUGGUCGAAUAAAUAGUGUUGAACUAGCUAAACGUUUAAAUAUCGAUUUGACAUAUAUUGAAAAUAAAGUUAGUGAUGUUUGUAAAGAAGAUCCAUCACUUCAUUUCAUUUUGGGACAAUUUAUAUCAGUUGAUUAUAUUACCAGAAUAGCAGAAGAAAUUAAUGAUAUGUUGAUUGAACGAGGUUUAAUACCAAUGAAUGAAGUAAUUCGUCAAUAUGAUUUACCAACAGAUUAUCUUCAUCAAAUAAUAAGUAAUCGUGUUGGUACAACAAUUGGAGCAAGAUUUGAAUCCGGUGUAUUGUAUACAGAUCAAUUUGUUCGUUUACAACAAAGUAUUAUAAUUGGAUGUCUAGAAGGAGCCCUUUUACCUUUGAAAUUAAGUGAUAUUAUCAAAUAUUCAAAGGUGAAUGAAAAUCUUAUUCAAAAUCUUGUACUUGAUUUAUUACGUGAUGGAAAAAUUCAAGGAAAUCUUGUGGGCACAACAAAAGAUAAUUCAAUAUUUUAUCCAAAAGUUUAUCUCGAUGCUCAAUCGAAAUACAUCAAAUCGUUUUUUACACAAAAUGGAUAUGUUGAAUAUUCAUUAGUAAAAAAUCUUGGUAUAUCAGAUCCAGAGGGUCAAACAAAACUUGUUUUAAAAGAUCAACAAAAAAAUCUCAUUUAUCUUCCGUCGGGUUGUGUCGAUUUAUCAUCAUAUUUACCACAACUAGAAAUGAAUAUAGAACAAGGAUUGACAGCCAAUGAAUAUAUCGAUAUUACGACAAUUGUACCGAAUAGUUUUACAGAUGUUGAUAUUGAAAAAUUAUUAAAAGCGGAUCCAACACUGUCAAAUCAAAUUGAAUCGUUAGGUGGUCAAUCUAUUUCAAAUACAUUUUUAAUAAGUCGAACGUUACAAGAAAAAAUUGAGAAUAAACUGCAAAGUUUAGACGAAAAGUAUAUUGAAAAGGAACUUGCUCGAUGUACAACACAAAUGUACACAGCUGUUCUCCAAGGAACAGUUACAUUGGCAUCAGUCUCAAAUCAAAAAGCAACAAUAAAAAGUGGAGGAAAAAAAGCAAAAGGAAAAAGUGGUGCAACAACAACAACAGCACCAAAAGCAGAUGAUAGUAAUGUUAAUGAAACAAUAAGUUAUGUUAAUAAAGAUGACAUUAUUAAACAGAUAAAAAUGAUUAAUGACGAAUUACCGGAUGAAAUAGUCGAUAUACUUGCGGAUAACGCUUACACGUCACAUAGCCGACGUUUUGUUGAGUUAUUUAUACAACGUGUUAAAGAAAGCUUUGCAUUGAAGGAAGAAGCUACUGGUGGUAGUGAUGGAAAUGAAUUGGCAAAAAAGAAGAGUGGAAAAGCUGAAUUGAAAAAUCUGCCAGAUUGUUUAAAAAUUCUGUAUAAUAAUAUUUGUUUAUUUAUACGUGCAAUUGAAUUUUUAAAUGAAAAUGAACAGGCACUAUCUGAUUUGUUACAGCGUCAUUUAAUUCGAACUCUAUGUACAGAAGUAUGUGACUUAUUGGUUCAUGAAGUGAAAAAAGAUGAUGGCAAAUCACAAUUAACCAGCCAAGAGCGCACAAAAAUUAUUCAGUCGAUGUCUGAACCAAAUCGAACGUGCCUUCGGAACUUGAAUGAAUCAUUAAAUGGAAAGAAUAUUGAAGCAACGUUCGCUCAAAUCGAAGACGCUGUGGAUCAAAUUCUUCAAUUACCGCUGAAAAAACCAAACAAAAAACUGGAAAAGGAACUUUUGUUAGCUCAUCGUCAAGAAUUGAGAGUGUUAUUAGAAAAUGAAAAUGAUUCAGCCACAAUUCUUCAUUUAACCACCACACUCUUAUUUUAUGCUGUUCAUGGUCUCAUUAUUCAUGCUCCUGGCAAAGCCGUACCAAUGUUAAUUAAGCAUCUGUCAAAAGGACUUCCAUCCAGUAUAAAUCGUCGUCUAACUGACUUUCAAGAGUUUGUUAUUCAACAAUCAAGUCAUCGAUCAAAAGAAGGUGAAAUGAAUGAAACAACCAUGCCACAACCAGAUACCGAUACAGUUAAUUUUAUUAAAAAAUUGGGUAUGGAUGCAAAAGAAAAUAUGAUUUUUGAUGAAGAAAAACGUUUACAGUCACAGUGA